GCGCCACAAGCUGCUGCACAUCGCCGGGGUGGUACACACAGGGUGCGCGAUUCGGACAGGACAGAUUCUGUUUAUGAUGCCUACAACUACAAAGAGCUGCUCGAUGCGGCAAAAGAGCGCGGUGUAUAUCGCAAGGACAUGAAAAAGGUGGAAAUGGCGUGGGCACUAAAGCGAAACGAUGAAGACAAAAAACUCGCUGAACGCAAAAACCUAAAUGUUCUCCGCAAGAAGCAAGAGAAAGCGAAAAGGGAACAGGAACGCAUCGUUGCAGAACAGGAGGCGCUGAUCGAAGCUAAACUCCGAAGGAAGGUUGAGAAGAUGCGGAAAAAAGAGCGAGAUGAAAGUGUCAGCGACGACACCCUGAGUGACAACGAGAUGGAACGCCAGGAAAACAUUCCAAACGAGUACAUGGGCGAGGCCAUAGGAUACGCACUCAGUGACUCGUCCUGGGAUAGCACUUCGACGGAGUCAAUUCCUGACCCCACCAAUCACACCCUCAUACCAUCCUGUAAACUCCAACUCUUGGAAUGGCCACACGAAAUCAUGCCACCUGUUCCCGCUCUCCGACCAAUAAUAAAAACCUAUGCCCCACUCAAGAUCAUCACAACAACAAGCAAGCAGAAACUCUGCCUCCCAGGCCUCAAAUACCCUCUAACCGUAGACCCAGACUUUGUCCCCCUUCUCUGUGCUUCUGUGCGCGCCGCAGCCCACGAAGGGCGUUUGGAACGCAUAUUAUACAAUGCCGUGAUUGAGACUGGUGAAGAGUGGGCUUCUCGAACACUUGUGCAAGGAGACAAUGCUACUCUGUAUUUUCAUCUCGGCAAUGCUAGCAACCCAGCCAAGAGCCUUGCUGAUGUGUACGGCAAGUGGAGCAUGGAAGAGAGAAGAGCGAGACGCGUAGAGUGGACGUCCGAAGCGUAUCGUGGGGCGAGAGAUGAGAGGAAAAGGAGGAGAAAAAGGAUCAAGGGGAAGUUGGUGGCUGAGGUGUAUGAGACAUGCAAGUGGAGGCCUGGUGCUGUUGGGUACAUACCUGCGUACCUGGACUUUGGGCUCGGAAAGGAGAUGCAUGAGGUGGAGAAAGAGCUAAGCAGCUUGCGGUACGUGCGGUUCAAAAGCUGCGAUGUGCCGCAUUAUUAUUUUUGGGUACGGGAUACGAAA